AUGCUCGCAAUCUGGGAUUCGACAUCUUGUUGUCAGAUAGAUUCCGGGAUUUCAGGGGGUGGAGAAGGUAUCGGCCAGUGGCUCGUCGACCUGGCGAUGAAGCCGGGCAGCUCCGUUCAGCUGGUUCCUUUCAUCAACGGCGUGCUGUGCAUCCUGGUGGGCCUCCUGGUGUACGUGGCGGCCUCCGGAGAGGGAAGCAUCCACGUGUACGUCAUGGGCUUCCUGUCGAUCGGGCUGAUGGGCUCCGUCAACUGGUAG